GAUACCAUUUAUAAACAAAACUUUGGUGACAGGGAACGAAACAAAAUUAAAUUAAUACUAUUUCGCGGUAUUAAUUUCAGGGAUAAAUCUCUCAUUUAUAAUGUGCUUACUUCUGAAGGUAACGUAGGGCUAAAAUUGCACUAAACGAAACAUACGUAAAUUUUACUAUUCGAUAUUGUUCCGGGGUACCGGUAUUGUCGUGUGGCAUUGGAAUAAAUAGUUAAUCAAUCUUUUACAAUGGCGACAUUGAAGGGUAUAUUUCCAGAGCCGAUUCUGUUAAAUUUUAGGGCCAGUACAACGAAAAAAUUUUAUUCAUGAAAACGUGAAAAAUGUUCGCAAAAUGGAACAGUUUUUUCAUACCAAUAAAGAGAUUGAGGAUUUGCAAAAAGUUCACGUCCAGAGACAGCAAAGAGUACCAGACAAGUAUCGAAAUGUUGGACCUAGAGUUCAUUCUAGUCUUCGAGAAAAUAAGCAUGAUGAUGCAUUUGUAAACGAUUUAUAUGCUAUAAAGGCAGAAGAUGACAUGGAUCUACUGCAUCACAAAAGCAAUAUAAUUACAGUAUCUAAUAAAUCUAAUAAAAAAAUAUCUAAACUGUCAAAAAAUGUGACAGAAACGAAACAGAAAAGUAUGGAGAGAAACAAAUCAACCAAUAAAAAUGAGAAGAAUAAGCAAUCGAAAAGGCCUUCCGAAUCAGAUAUUUCACAUAGAAAAUUAGAGGAAAGAAGCAAUGUAAAAUACAGAAAUCAAGGAAUACAAACACUGGACACAAAAUCUUUGAACGAUUUAUAUGCAGAAGGAGUUAUUAGAUAUCCAUCGUGUCGAAGCCCACAAAAUAAUUCAUUGGCACCAAGAGUGGAGCUCAACCAAGACAAAACUCCUAAAGUCUGGUCAAAUCCUCCCUCGGAUAGAGGAGAUGUAUUUCCAUCUUUGGAUUUAACUCAGGAAUCAGAGCAAAAGCAAAGUGAAAGUCUUACUCCUGCUGAAAAAGUAGAUUAUAUCAAAUUGAACAAGCAACAAACUUCUGUUGCUAAUAAAAUGGCAAAUCGACUCAGCAACAGCAUACCGCCUCAUUAUCGCAAGGGUGUUGUUCCCAAAUAUAUUCGUGAACGAAAGGAAGCUCAACAGCAAAAAGAUGAAUUAGCCAAAGCAGCGGCAUCGCUUGCUGAUUGUCCAGAAGGUCAUAUCCCCCUUCCUGACAAUGAACGUAAAGAAACAUUGCGAAUGUUAAAAAAGAAUUAUCAAGAGUUUGUUAACGAGUUAAAUAAGAUGCCCAUAAAGACUGAUACUCUUAAAUCCCAAAGAAGAAAAAUGGAAAUCGAAAAACAACUUAAUAAAUUGGAAGAAGGUAUAAAGGUAUUUUCAAGACCAAAAGUUUAUGUAAAAGUGAAUGCUUAAUAUUUCGAUUGAGGUAAUUCAUGAUAUUCAAAAGGUGAUCACUGUAUCACGUUUCUUCACAUUGGACUGUCAUUGUAUAUAAUAGCAAUUACUGCAAUAUGUAUUAUACAUAUUUAUGCUGUAGUCUCAUAUGCGUUGUAUUAUCUUGUUUUAAGCUUGUCAAGAUUGUUGUAAAGUUGUACAUA